AUGAGCGACCGUGAGCGCGAGACGAGCGUGGAGCUUGGAGAAUGUCCUCCAGCAGAUCUGGUGAGAUGCCAUGGCGAUCGUACAUUCGACUUCUCCUCCGACCUCAUGAAGGUGAACCUGACGUUCUCCAAGGCACCGGCGUCGCUGGAGGUGGAAUCUAUGAGCAUCGACGGGAACGCGAUGAUGAGCAGGGGUCAUGAUGACGAGGAAGACCCUCCACCACCUUACUACUCCUUCGAACCGUUCGGGGUGGAAGACACAUCGCAUGAAGAGGAACGCAAGAUCGUUUUGCGGCCUUUCCUCGGAUGCUCGAACACGCCUCUGCAAGUUUUGGAAGUGUCGCAGGGAACAACCCUCAAGUCGGUAACGGAAGCCUUCAACCAAAUGCUUUCUCGAGCAAACCCCAACGCAUCGAUUGGGGAUGUAGAUACCUUCACGAAGCUGGGAACCUCUCACAGAGGCAAACUUGUUCUCUCCGAUACGUUCUGCGGAUGGGAAGGAAGAGGAUUGGACCCCGACUGUUACGGGAAGUAUGUGGUCAGAGGAAGGCUUGCAUGCAUGGAGAUGAACAUGAAGUGGAAGGAUCAAGGAUGGGGUCUUCUCAAGGGCCGUUGCCGGGUCACACUGACAGACAAGCAUGGGGUGGUGAAGGAGGAAGAAGACGAUGUGUUUGGUUUGUGCCAACAUAGAUCGACUGAGAGGAGGAAAGCGUUUGACUGCUUCUCGGGAAUCGUUCAGAAGGCGCAAAGAGGAGAUGUGCUGAACGUGUGGUUGACAAGAGGAGGGAGUCGAGGGUCCCGUCUGCACAUAGAUUCUUUCAUGCUGCGUUUCACUUACUUUCCCACUGCCCUCAUGCAGGAUACUUCCAUCACUCCUGCCGAGAGGCAAAAGAGAAUCUCCGACAUUAUGAAAGAGAAGUACUCGUCCAAAGAUGACGAGCGAUGGGAUCGAGAGAUCGGAGUUGUCACCAACGACAGUGAGUUCUCUGAUAUGCUGCAGUGGGCCAAGGUUUACGAGCAAAGAGUGUCUUCGACCUCGUUUCCGAUUGCGAUCUUCGGAGAUGUCCCGAUCUCGCUAGCUCAAGUCGUGAAGGAAUCCGAGUUGUUUGCUUCCAACCGAGACAGAAGUGCGAGAGAGAUAGUGAUGAAUGGGUUGUCAACCAUUGCACAAGGUCUUCGUAAUAGCGCUGAGCUUGUUCGAGACUUCUCCACUGAUUUCACAAGAUUUUCGACUAGCGAGGGCUUCUUCAAGAGAAUUUUGAUUUUGGUUUUCCUGCUUGCGAUUGCCGCUGGUUUCUUGACAUGGAUGAUCAUACCAAUCAUCGACAUCGUCAACCCUACUGUUGCUGCUGUUGUUGUUGUUGUUGUUGUUGUUGUUGAUGAUGAUGAUGAUGAUGAUGUUGAUGACGACGACGACGACGACGAUGACGAUGACGAUGACGAUGAUAAUCUCAGGUUAGAGACACAUGGAAAGUUGGAGAUUGCAAUGUCCUCCAUCAAACAUGCUCCGUCAGGUGUGCAGAAGGUAAUGAAGAAGGCACUAGGAAUCUGGAGCAUGAAUGAAGAUUCAGACGUUGAGAGCGAGAAGAGGCUAGGAGAGGACGAGGCGAGGGGAGUGAGGACGAGUUGUGCUUGUCCGGCUCAAAGUCUUUUGGACUCAGGCUACAUUUUGACGAACAACUGCAGGUAA